AGAGUGGCCACUCCUGUUGCACAAGCGCAAAGCCGGAGCAGCAUCUGCUAAGAUGCGGCUGGAGACCAGUGUCUGACCCCAGGGCUUUAGGGAAAUGAAAAGGAAUCCAGUGGAACCGCGGGUCUCAAGCUGAGGAAUCGCUAGCUAGGAUUCCGCGUGGAGUUCACUGUGUUUUACAGACUGGACUCUCCAGUCACAGGGUCGUGACCAAGCAAGCCUCCGGGAGUGAUAAGCUGGGAAUCACCGCGCCGCAGUGACCAACAAAGACAAAGACGUAGCAUGGCAUGAACAUGGCGCAGUUUUAUUAUAAAAGAAAUGUUAACGCCCCCUAUCGAGACCGCAUCCCUCUCAGGAUAGUCCGCGCAGAAUCCGAACUCUCACCCUCCGAGAAAGCCUACCUAAACGCUGUGGAAAAGGGAGAUUAUGCAAGCGUCAAGAAAUCCCUAGAAGAAGCUGAAAUUUAUUUUAAAAUCAAUAUUAAUUGCAUCGAUCCUCUUGGAAGAACUGCUCUACUCAUUGCCAUUGAAAAUGAGAACUUGGAGCUCAUCGAACUCCUCUUAAGCUUCAACGUCUAUGUUGGAGACGCCCUAUUACAUGCUAUCAGGAAAGAAGUCGUGGGAGCUGUCGAGCUGUUGCUGAACCACAAAAAGCCCAGUGGAGAAAAACAGGUGCCUCCCAUACUCCUUGAUAAGCAGUUCUCUGAAUUCACUCCAGACAUUACACCCAUCAUUUUGGCAGCCCAUACAAAUAAUUAUGAGAUAAUAAAACUUCUGGUCCAGAAAGGCGUCUCAGUGCCCAGACCCCACGAGGUCCGCUGUAACUGCGUUGAAUGCGUGUCCAGCUCAGAUGUGGACAGCCUCCGCCAUUCCCGCUCCAGACUCAACAUCUACAAGGCCCUGGCCAGCCCCUCUCUCAUCGCCCUGUCCAGUGAAGACCCUUUCCUCACGGCCUUUCAGUUGAGUUGGGAGCUCCAGGAACUGAGCAAGGUGGAAAAUGAAUUCAAGUCAGAGUAUGAGGAGCUGUCUCGACAGUGCAAACAAUUUGCUAAGGACCUACUGGAUCAGACAAGAAGUUCCCGAGAGCUGGAAAUCAUUCUUAAUUACCGCGAUGACAACAGUCUCCUGGAAGAACAAAGUGGAAACGAUCUCGCGAGACUCAAAUUGGCCAUUAAGUACCGUCAGAAAGAGUUCGUGGCUCAGCCCAACUGUCAACAACUGCUGGCGUCUCGCUGGUACGACGAGUUCCCCGGCUGGAGGCGACGUCACUGGGCCGUGAAGAUGGUGACGUGUUUCAUAGUAGGACUCCUUUUCCCCGUCUUCUCUGUGUGCUACCUUAUAGCUCCCAAAAGCCCCCUCGGACUCUUCAUCCGAAAGCCGUUUAUCAAGUUCAUCUGCCACACAGCGUCCUAUUUGACUUUUCUGUUCCUGCUCCUGCUUGCCUCUCAGCACAUCGACAGGUCAGACUUGAACAGGCAAGGUCCACCACCAACCAUCGUCGAGUGGAUGAUAUUACCGUGGGUCCUGGGUAAAUGUUUUAUAUGGGGAGAGAUUAAACAAAUGUGGGAUGGUGGACUUCAAGAUUACAUUCAUGAUUGGUGGAAUUUAAUGGAUUUUGUGAUGAACUCCUUAUACCUAGCAACAAUCUCCUUGAAAAUCGUUGCAUUUGUGAAGUACAGUGCUCUUAAUCCACGUGAAUCUUGGGACAUGUGGCACCCCACGCUGGUGGCUGAAGCUUUGUUUGCUAUUGCAAAUAUAUUCAGUUCCCUGCGUCUGAUCUCACUGUUCACUGCAAAUUCUCACCUCGGGCCUCUGCAGAUAUCUCUGGGAAGAAUGCUCCUGGACAUCUUGAAGUUUCUGUUCAUCUACUGCCUUGUGCUGCUAGCAUUUGCCAAUGGCCUAAAUCAGUUGUACUUCUAUUAUGAAGAAACAAAAGGGUUAAGCUGCAAAGGCAUACGAUGUGAAAAGCAGAAUAACGCCUUUUCAACGUUAUUUGAGACACUCCAGUCCCUGUUUUGGUCAAUAUUUGGGCUCAUCAACUUAUAUGUGACCAAUGUCAAAGCGCAGCACGAAUUCACAGAGUUUGUUGGCGCCACCAUGUUUGGGACAUACAACGUCAUCUCUCUGGUUGUCCUGCUUAACAUGCUAAUAGCGAUGAUGAAUAACUCUUACCAACUUAUUGCUGACCAUGCGGAUAUAGAAUGGAAAUUUGCUAGAACAAAGCUUUGGAUGAGUUAUUUUGAAGAAGGAGGUACCCUUCCUACCCCCUUCAAUGUCAUCCCGAGCCCCAAGUCUCUCUGGUACCUGAUCAAAUGGAUUUGGACACACCUGUGCAAGAAAAAGAUGAGAAGAAAGCCAGAAAGUUUUGGAACGAUAGGGAGGCGAGCUGCUGAUAAUCUGAGAAGACAUCACCAAUAUCAAGAAGUUAUGCGGAACCUGGUAAAGCGAUACGUGGCCGCAAUGAUUAGAGAUGCCAAAACUGAGGAAGGUCUGACAGAGGAGAACUUUAAGGAACUCAAGCAAGACAUUUCUAGCUUCCGCUUUGAAGUCCUGGGGUUAUUAAGAGGAAGCAAACUCUCUACAGUCCAGUCUGCUCAGGGCACGAAGGAGUCUUCUAACUCCGCAGACUCGGAUGAAAAGAGUGAUAACGAGGGUAGCAGCAAGGACAGGAAAAAGAACUUCAGUCUCUUCGACUUGACCACCCUCAUUCACCCGCGAUCGGCAGCAAUUGCCGCCGAAAGACACCCCAUCAGCAACGGCUCCGCCCUUGUGCUCCAGGAGCCCCCGAGGGAGAAGCAGAGAAAAGUGAAUUUUGUGACCGAUAUCAGACACUUUGGGUUGUUUCACAGACGAUCGAAACAACACGCCGCCGCCGAGCAAAACGCAAACCAGAUCUUCUCCGUUUCAGAAGGGGUGGCCCGCCAACAAGCUGAAGGACCCCUGGAGAGGAGCAUCCAGCUGGAGUCCCGAGCUUUAGCUUCGCGGGGUGACUUGAACAUCCCGGGGCUCAGCGAACAGUGUAUAUUGGUAGAUCAUCGAGAAAGAAAUACAGACUCCCUGGGUGUACAGGUGAGCAAGAGAGUGUGUUCAUUCAAGUCAGAGAAGGUGGUGGUGGAGGACACUGUUCCCAUCAUACCGAAGGAGAAGAAACACGCGAAAGAGGAGGACUCGAGUGUAGACUAUGAUGCAAACUUCACAGACACUGUCACCCACGAAGACUAUGUGACCACAAGGUUGUGAUACUUGACCCGAGAAAGCGUUUCUCCUCCGUAACACAUUUUCCAUAGUGAGCUGGGUGGUGGGGGGAGAUGUUUAUCAGUGAAUUAGCCAAUGCUAACUUACACUUUACAGCAUUUAUCAACUGGGGCAUAUUAACCGUGUCAUGUUUAAAUAAGGCAAAGGCUAUCCCAAACCCUUGUUUUGUAGCCCGCUUUUGCUCUCACAAUUUGUUUUACAAUUUUUUUUGUUGUUGUUGUUAAUAAAUAAAUGCACCUUGUAUUCUUGUACUGUUGCGAUAACCCACAGGACAUUUUUAGCUCUUUUUCAAUUUAAACAAAAGCAACUUACUACAUGUGGUAGUUGACUCCUAUAAUAGGAUAUUUUUAUAUGCAAAAAAAUGUAGCUGAAAUAGUAGAGCUUUUCAUA